AUGCAAGGACUUUAUCGGUAUAGAGUUGGAGACGUGCUACGAGUUGCUGGGUUCAAGAAUAAUGCUCCUCAGUUCAAUUUCAUGCGGAGAAGAAAUGUAGUUCUAAGCAUUGAUAUGGACAAGACAAAUGAAACUGAGCUUCAAAAUGCAGUGAAAAAAGCAGUUGACCAUCUUAUGAUUAUGUCUAAUGUCUCUCUUGUUGAAUACACUAGUUUUCCUGAUACAUCAACUUUUCCAGGACACUAUGUGCUCUAUUGGAAACUUCAGGGAAACAAUAACAAUGUCGUAAUUCCUCAGAAAGUGCUUGAGGAAUGUUGUCUGGUAAUGGAAGAAUUCCUCGGUUAUGAGUAUCGUUAUAUGCGCACUAACAAGAAAUUAAUUGGACCCCUAGAGAUAAAGAUUGUAGAGACAGGAACGUUUUGUAAGCUGAUGGAUCAUGCAAUCAACCAAGGUUCAUCAGUUGCACAGUACAAGACUCCUCGAUGCAUGAAACCUGGUUCCAUGUUCGAAAUCCUAAACUCUAUGGUUCUUUCAAGCUUUUUCAGUCCAAGGUGCCCACAGCUAUGA